GCAGAAACUAAUCGAUAACAUUUCCUUUCACAUAUACAAUAAUAAUCUUUAUUUUAGUAAAUUAACGUAAAUAGAUCUAGAUCUAGUAUAAUAUUGCACCACUUCCAUGCUAGACUGGCUAGAGACGAGAGUUUAAAUAACAAACUGAUAUGCCUGAACUUCCACGACUGAGUGGUGCCUUGAGAGCAUUUGGAACUGUUUCUCAAAGUGAUGAAGUUGGGCCUACAAAUGAUUUGGCACUGCGUAAAUCCUUAGCCUUGGAAAAGCAGAAAUCCAGAAGUUCAUCCUGGCGCAGCUUUAGAGAUGUUAUAAAACAGAAUGCAAAGGCUGGUGCACAUGAUGUGGAGGAUGUAUUGAAACAGCUAUUGACCACAGCCAAGCAUAUUGUUGGUUCAGAAGAAUCGGCAGAGACUAUCGAAUGUGCUGCAGCGUUCCUAUUUGAUGUCUUUAAGUCAGUAGAGAAUGUCGGUCAGAGGGAGGCCUAUCAAUUGCGAUGUACUUUUGGACCAUUCCCAGCAUCAGAAGCCACGAAAGCCUGUCAGCUAGUUAAGAAAAUCAUUGGGUGGCUGCCUGCAUCAGUUCUAGAAGAAUUAACAUCACAAAGAGAAGAAGGUGAUGGUGCACCCACUAACGAAGAGUUUGGACAUUCCAUAAAGUUCACCAUGUCCUUUGAAACAUCAGAUGAUGAACUUUCAUCUGACGAUGAGGAUGAAACAAAAGUUGGCUUUAAAAAUGUUGAUUUAAAGUAUGUUGAUAAACUGGUCACCUCUGAGAGAGAAGAGGCUACUGUGAGGAACAAAACUGGGUCAUCUAACUUUGACUCUACAUGGAUGAAAGCUAUUAUUGGAAAAUAUUUUGAAGGUAGUGAAGCUACCUUAGCUUUAGGGCUUGAUGAGCUGACCUCAACAGUUUAUGAUGUUUUAUGCUCAGAGAAGAAAGAUGACGAGCUUCAGAAUGAGUUAUUUGAUCUUCUGGGUUUUGAUCGCUUUGAGUUGAUCCAGCAACUUCUAGUCAAUAGAGCCAACAUUAUUAAGGCUUUUACUGCAGAAUCAACCAGAGCAAUACUGCAGCAAAUACCAAAGAAGAAACCAGACAAUGAACGACCUGCUUAUGGCUGCCAGGUUACAGUUCAGAGCGUUGAAGAAAAACUUUUGGCAAAACAGCUGCGCAAAGAAGGAAAACGCUUGAUGAAGAAAGAUGGCAAAUUUACCAUGGAAGAGAAUGAGAUAGCUGAAGCUUUAGAUAUGACACCAGAGGAACUCAGGGCAGCUAGGGUGGCAGAGUUGGAAGCAGCCAGGAGUGCUCCAUUAUUUUCUGGAAGGGCCUCCUCCUACAUCAGACAAGAAAAAUUCCCCUAUGUCUUUGACUCAUUGGCGGAAGCUCAGCAGUCGUCAGCUUAUAUUGCGGGGUCAAAGAUUGUAUUGCCUGAGAAUUUCAAAAGAAAAGAUGACAAACUGUAUGAAGAAAUUAGCAUACCACCUAGUGAUCCAGCACCAACAGAUAUUGCCAAGGAUAGAAUUCGCAUAGACAGUCUUGAUGAAAUAGCUCAGAGAGCCUUUCCAAAGACAGAGUCCUUAAACCGUAUUCAGUCAGUGGUGUUCAAUGCAGCCUAUAAAACUAAUGAGAACUUGCUGAUCUGUGCUCCCACUGGUGCAGGUAAAACCAACAUUGCAAUGUUGACCAUUCUGAGAGAAGUCAAACAACAUAUUUAUCAAGGUGUCAUUAAGAAAGAUGAGUUUAAGAUUGUCUAUGUUGCUCCAAUGAAAGCCCUGGCUGCUGAGAUGGUGCGUAACUUAGGGGGCAGACUUCAAGCCUUGGGCAUUACUGUGAAAGAGUUGACAGGAGACAUGUCACUUACCAAACAAGAGAUUCUCAACACACAGAUGCUGGUCACCACUCCAGAGAAAUGGGAUGUGGUCACCCGCAAGAGUACAGGAGAUGUUGCCCUGGCUCAACUGGUUAGACUUCUAAUCAUAGAUGAGGUUCACUUGUUGCAUGAUGAUAGAGGACCUGUCAUUGAAACUUUAGUAGCAAGAACAAAACGCCAGGUGGAGAGCUCACAGAGUAUGAUCAGAAUUGUUGGACUUUCAGCCACACUGCCAAACUAUUUAGAUGUUGCAGAAUUCUUGAAUGUCAACCCAUACACUGGCUUAUUCUUUUUUGAUGGCAGGUUCCGUCCUGUCCCACUAGGGCAGACUUUCAUAGGUAUAAAGACUGUCAACAAAAUGAAACAGCUGAAAGACUUCAACGACGUUUGUUAUGAGAAAUGUGUGAAACAAGUCCGAGAUGGUCACCAGGUGAUGGUGUUUGUCCAUGCAAGAAAUGAAACUGUGAGAACAGCCUUCACCUUGAUUGAGCUAGCUAAAAAUAGAGGUGACUCGUCUUUGUUCCAGGCUGACCAAAGCAGGUCUCUUGGAGAUGCACAGAGAGCUAUCUCAAAUAGUCGCAACAAACAACUGAGAGAAAUGUUUACAGAAGGAUUUGGUAUCCAUCAUGCAGGCAUGCUGAGGCAAGACCGUAAUCUAGUUGAACGCUAUUUUGCUGAAGGACACAUUAAAGUAUUGGUGUGCACUUCCACACUAGCUUGGGGUGUAAACCUGCCAGCACAUGCUGUCAUCAUUAAGGGCACACAAAUCUAUGAUGCCAAGCGAGGAUCGUUUGUUGACUUGGGCAUCCUAGAUGUCAUGCAGAUAUUUGGCAGAGCUGGAAGGCCCCAGUUUGACACCUUUGGCCAUGGCACCAUUUUGACCACCCAUGACAAGCUCAGCCACUACCUGAGUUUAAUGACGCGACAGAAUCCUAUUGAGAGUCAGUUCAUUAACAGUCUCACUGACAAUUUGAAUGCUGAGAUAUCAUUAGGUACAGUAACCAACAUCGAGGAAGCUGUGACUUGGUUAAGCUACACCUACCUGUUUGUUAGGAUGAGGAAAAACCCUUUGGUGUAUGGAGUCUCCACUAACUAUUGGCAGGAUGAUCCACAGCUGGAGAUGCACCGUAGAGAAUUGAUCAUCAGUGCGGCCAGGAGUUUGGAUAAAGCCAAGAUGAUUAGGUUUGAGGAGAGAACACAGUUUAUGUUUGCCACUGACGUAGGACGAACUGCCAGCAACUUCUACAUUAAAUAUGACACUGUAGAGAUAAUCAAUGAACAAUCCAAACCCAUAAUGACAGAAGGAGAGAUUCUAAACCUGGUGUCUAGCUCACAAGAGUUUGACCAGAUUAAGGUCAGAGAAGAUGAAAUGGAUGAGUUGGACAGGCUGACCAGUGAUGGCUGUGAAAUGGUUGUCUUCGGAGGCAAGGAGAACUCCCAUGGCAAAGUGAACAUAUUGCUGCAGUCUUACAUUUCCAGGUGCUCAGUGGACUCUUUCUCCUUGGUGUCUGACAUGGCAUAUAUUGCUCAGAAUGCUGCUCGUAUUUUGCGUGCUCUGUUUGAAAUGGCUAUAAAGAACAGCAAUCCCAUCAUGGCCUCCAGGCUGUUGGAGAUGUGCAAGAUGGUGGACAAGAGACUGUGGGGGUUUGAGAAUCCUAUGCGACAGUUCAGCAUGCUCUCCCCUGAGAUCCUCACCAAGCUGGAAAACAAGCGGCUGUUACCUGACAAGAUGAAGGAGAUGGACUCUAAAGAUAUAGGGCUUUUGGUUAGUCACCAGAAGAUGGGUCCAGUCAUAAAGCGCUGUGUCCACCAGAUCCCAAGUCUUGAACUGGAUGCAUCUAUACAGCCCAUCACAAGGACUGUGCUGAGGGUCAGACUGGACAUAACUGCUAACUUCAGAUGGGAUGACAAGGUACACGGAGGUUCUGCAGAGCCUUUCUGGAUCUGGGUUGAAGAUCCUGAUACCAAUCAUAUUUAUCACACUGAAUACUUCCUGAUGCACAAGAAGCAGGUUUUAAGUCAAGAGCCUCAACAGCUGGUGUUUACAAUCCCUAUAUCUGAACCUAUGCCCUCUCAGUACUAUGUGAAAGCUGUUUCUGACAGAUGGUUGGGCUGCAGCAACACUCACCCCAUGUCCUUCCAGCAUCUGAUACUGCCGGAGCAGCACCCUCCUCACACAGACUUGCUGACCCUACAGCCGCUUCCCAUCUCAGCAUUGAAAGACUUGCGGUAUCAAUCUCUGUACAAGUUCUCCCACUUCAAUCCUGUACAAACUCAGAUCUUCCACACCUUGUACCACAGUGACUGCAAUGUUCUGCUUGGUGCUCCUACUGGGUCUGGCAAGACUGUUGCUGCAGAGCUGGCCAUUUUUAGAGUCUUCAAUGAAUACCCCAAUGCUAAGGCUGUGUACAUUGCUCCACUGAAAGCACUCGUCAGAGAGAGAAUGGAGGAUUGGAAAAUAAGAAUAGAAGAGAAGCUUGGGAAGAAAGUUGUAGAAUUAACAGGGGAUGUCACUCCAGACAUGAGGGCCGUAGCCAAUGCAGAUCUAAUAGUUACCACUCCAGAGAAGUGGGAUGGUGUCAGCAGAAGCUGGCAGACACGUAGCUAUGUGAAGGCUGUGGCUCUACUGGUGAUCGAUGAGAUACACUUACUGGGUGAUGACCGUGGACCUGUGCUGGAAGUCAUUGUGUCUAGAACCAAUUUCAUCUCAUCACACACAGAGAAGCCUGUCAGAGUUGUGGGCCUUUCAACUGCUUUAGCCAAUGCUAGAGAUUUAGCAGACUGGCUAGCAAUCAAAGAGAUGGGAUUGUUCAACUUCAGACCUUCUGUUCGCCCAGUUCCACUCGAAGUUCAUGUGAAAGGUUUUCCAGGUCAGCACUAUUGUCCUAGAAUGGCAACAAUGAAUAAACCCACAUUCCAAGCCAUCAAGUCCCACUCUCCAUUUAAACCUGUCCUCAUUUUUGUGUCUUCACGUCGACAGACAAGACUCACAGCGUUAGAUUUGAUAGCAUACUUGGCUGCAGAAGAUAAUCCAAAACAGUGGCUCCACCUGCCAGAGGAAGAUAUGGAGCAGAUUUGCGGUUCUGUCAAGGAAUCAAAUUUAAAACUGACCUUGGCCUUUGGCAUUGGCAUUCAUCAUGCAGGUUUGACAGAGAGAGAUAGAAAAGUGGUUGAGGAGCUCUUUGUGAAUCAGAAAAUACAAGUUUUGAUCGCCACAAGCACAUUGGCCUGGGGAGUUAACUUCCCUGCACAUCUUGUGGUUGUCAAGGGAACAGAAUACUUUGAUGGUAAAACCAGGCGCUAUGUGGACUUCCCAAUCACAGAUGUUCUUCAAAUGAUGGGGAGAGCUGGACGCCCCCAGUUUGAUGACCAAGGAGUGGCAGUUAUUCUUGUCCAUGACGUGAAAAAACAUUUCUACAAGAAAUUUUUGUAUGAGCCUUUUCCAGUGGAGUCGAAUCUUCUUGAAGUUAUGGCUGACCAUUUGAAUGCUGAGGUGGUGUCUGGAACUAUCAGCUCUAAGCAGGAUGCUAUGGACUACAUCACUUGGACUUACUUCUUUAGAAGGCUGCUAAGGAACCCAAGUUUCUACCACCUGGACGACACUGACCAUGCCAGCAUCAACAAAUAUCUUUCUGGUCUUGUGGGAAAGUCGCUUAUGGAGCUGGAGAUGUCCUACUGUCUGGAAGUCGCCGAGGACAACAGGACCAUCACUCCAAUGACCCUGGGCCGCAUAGCGUCCUACUACUAUCUGAAGCAUACCACCGUCCGGAUGUUCCGUGAUGUCAUGAGUUCUCAGUGCACCAUCCCGGAAUUGAUUGACAUCCUCUCGAAUGCCUCCGAGUUUGCAGAGCUUCCUGUCCGACACAAUGAAGACCAACUCAAUGGAGAUCUGGCUAAUCAAAUCCCAUUAGAAGUCAACAUGUCAUCACUAGACUCCUCCCACACUAAGGCUAACAUCCUCCUCCAGGCCUACUUCACACAUGUCACACUGCCCUCUUCUGACUACCACACAGACACAAAGUCUGUCCUGGACCAAGCCAUUCGUGUUUUACAGGCCAUGCUGGAUGUGUCAGCUGAUGAAGGAUGGCUGGUUACUUCCCUGAAUGUCAUCAUGUUGAUUCAAAUGGUAGUGCAAGGAAGAUGGUGGUAUGACUCUAACCUACUGACGCUACCACACAUACAGACAUAUCAUAUCUCUUGCUUCAGAUCACUGGGUAAAAGAAAUGACAUGAAAAAUAGUUUGAAUGUCACUGGACCAAUAGAAACUUUACCAGAGCUGAUGGACAUUUGUGAUGGUAAACAUGAAAGACUGGCAUCCUUGUUGGAUGGAAUAAUGGAGCAGCAGCAAGUUGAUCAGUUAUUUGAUGUCUUGGUGGGACUGCCUAAGAUUGAGGUAAAUGUAGAGGUCAAAGGUUGGCUGGCAGAAGAGAGGCAGAGUUGUACCAGGCAGGCAAACAUUAGGUAUAAUGGUGGAUUCAGACCAGAGAGCUGCUGGCUAACUGUCCACGCUGACCAGGAAUAUCUGUUUCACGUUACACUCAGGAGGAUUAACCGAAGCAAGAAAACAGACAGCAAAGCUCAUUCUUUAACUUUUCCCAAACCAAAAGAUGAAGGUUGGAUCAUAGUGGUUGGAAACAUCGAGACCAGAGAAGUCAUUGCCUUAAAGCGUGUCGGCUGCGUACGCGGGCGUACUACUGCAAACAUAUCCAUCUUCACCCCUCAAACUGUGGGACGUGUCAUCUACACUUUAUAUCUUAUGAGCGAUGCCUACUUGGGUCUGGAUCAGCAGUAUGAUGUUUGUUUGGAUGUGCUGGAGCCCAGUAUUGAGGCCCAGGUCAACUCUGAGGUGAAGGCUGACGAUGACUAUUGAGGUUAACUAUUAUUGAAGACUAUUUUGUAGCUUUAGACUAUUUUGAGUCAUAUUGACUCACCAUCUUUUGUGAGAGAUAUGAAUUCAAUGUUGAACGUAAAAUAUUUUGUAAUAAUGUAAAGAGCUAUACAAGAAAUUAUUCCUCUAUUCUGGAUAGAAGAUUCUGGAUAUCCAACGUAACAUUAAAAUAAAACUGAUACUUUUGAUGUCUUUCAAUUGACAGUGCACCAGCAAUAAUUACACAGACCUAUAUAGAAUAUGAAUCUAGUAUUCAUAUAAAAUAGCAUGUUAUUUUUGUGUUCUAUUUUUUUUCUUCUUUAAAUUAAGAAAAUAAUACUAUGUUGUUAUUACAUUGUUGGAUCAGGGUUAUGGGAAAGGCAACUAUUUUUUAUGAAUAAAUUAUAUUUUGUGUUGUUUUGGGGUUAUUAACUAGUUGUCUUAGUUAAGUCUGUAAUUUAAAAUUUCUAAUUCCAUUUGAAUGUCUAGCUACUCUACAGUUAAUCAAAAGUGUAUACAUUCUGUUUACGGUUUGAUCCUUUCAUAACAAGUAUCAAGAAAUUGUUUUUUAACAGUGAUAUCUCCUGGUCACUCCACAUUUAGAAUGACUACAGACCCUAAAUAACUUGUAGUCCUAGUACUCUGUUAGCUGCUGGUUGGGAACCAAGUAGAUCUUCUUUUAGCGUGUUUGUUUCUAAUUGUUUGAGACCUUGAUCAAUGACUUAGCUGCUGCCAUACAGUCUUUGAAAGUUACUACCUUUGAACCAGGAGUUCAGAAAUUUUUAAUCUGUUAACCUAUUCAGUAAUUUAGUAAACACAAAUCAUGAAUGCUAAAAAAGACAUUUUAAUCUUCUCUUCAACAAAUAAAAGAUGAUUUGGUAAUUACCAGACUUUAUAAUCCAUUCUUUAGCCAAUGUUAUUGUGUGCUCUCUUAGAAAGUUAGAAAAGAAAGUAUGUCACAUCCUUGUUUGAGCCUUUUAUUUUUAAUAAUCACACUUAGGUAAGUCUGUAAUCACACUGAGAUAUGUCUAUAGGCUCACUGUGAUGGUUAGAAACUCAAAUUAGUAAGUUUUAAUUUGUACCUAUUUUAUGGCACAGUUUCUCUUGAAUUCCUCAAAUAUUUGUGUCAUUUCUAAGCAGUUCUAAGAAACAUUUAUUCAUGAAAAUAAAAUACAUAUAUAGAAAAGUGUUUUUUAAAGUGCAUUUUACUUAUUGUAUAAAUUAGAACUUUGUGUUCAUGGUUCAACUUAAUAUGUUUUUGAAACACACACUGCCAAUCAAAUG